AAUUCGCAUUCUUUCUCUGGGCCUUCAACUCAGAUUUCAUCUGUAACAAAGCCCGGAAAAUACAAAAUGUAUAAGAGCUGCCGCUAUCAUGAGUAUAAAUUCCUGGUCAUUCGUCUACGCUGUCCUGAGAAUAAGUACUGGCGUAGGUUAUGCAUAGGCCUCUUAGUUUUCAUUCCAGUAGUGCUCUUCAUUAUCCUGGUCAUAUACUUAGCCCUCCGUCCGCAUAAGCCACAGUUCUCUGUGCAGGACGCCAUUAUCUACAAGUGGAACGUCACAGACGAUGACGCUCGAGCACUCACCUCGUCCCUGCAGUUCACCGUCAUUUCACACAACCCAAAUGACAAGAUCGGCGUCUACUAUGACCGGAUCAGCGCCUACGCCACAUACCAGACCCAGCAGAUCACCCAAACCAUCUGGCUCACACCGUUCUACCAGGACCACCACGAUACCACCACUAUUCCCGCUGUUUUCAACGGGACUGUCUCUCCCUUGGCUCCGCUUGUUGCAGACAAUUGGAGAGCCGAGCUGCAGCAGACUGGAGUUCUUCAUGUGAAUCUGAGGAUAGGGGGGAGGAUACGGUGGAAGGUAGGUACGUGGACUUCUGGGCAUUACCAUCUGAAUGUUAAUUGUUUUGCUAUUAUGGGUUUUACCAGUAAUGGCAAUCGGGGUCCUCUGGAGGAACGCACCAGUUGUGAUGUGAGCGUCUGAGCUGAGGAGAGCUGUGAUUUUCAUGUAACUUUUUUAAGGUUCAGGGUUAGAUUGUAAGGUUUCGUUGAAUUGUAAUAGCGAGAUCUGUUGCAGGAUUUCAAUUCUGUUGUAGGAUGUAAGAUCUCUUGUGGGCUUUCUAAUCGGGUUCCAACUGAGAGGAAAUAAAGCCAAGUAUACCGAGAGCAUAGCUAGUUUA